CAAAUUUUAUGUGUGAAGUAUCGUUUAUUUCGGGCGGGAACAUCCUACAAAUAGUUAAAUACAUACAAUUGUAUACAUAAUAAAAUUAAUUCUUUAAAAAACCUAAUCGAAAAUGGAUCCUGCGCACGUGAAGAAUAAGUUUAACGCUUACGACAGUGAAAUGUAUUCUCAAUACGAUUAUCAUCUGGACGGAGCUAAAGAAGACCCGGAAGAGAUCCUUAGACAAGCGUUGCGAUCAUCUUACAGUCGGAGAACAUCGAUGUCUACCAAGACUCCAACGGGUCUUCCGUUACCAUUCGCCACCACCCCCCAAAUGAAAGAUCCGCAAGCGUUAAUGUUGAGGCCGGGAAGUUCAAGGAGUGGUUCGGAAUCGUCAAACAGGCCGGCGACAGCUGUACGAGGCGCAGGAUAUACGUCACAUUCUUCGACUAACAACGAUGUCCUAAGUCAACCGUCAAGAAAUAUGAUGGUCAUGUCCGAACCGAACAAAGAAGAAAGAAUGGAAGACAAGAUAAAAAAGCUAGAGAAACGAAUUCACGACAUGGUCGAUGAAGCUUGCUUGGCCGAAGCUAAUGGAGAUCCACAGCUGGGGUUGGAGAAAGCCAAAGACGCAUCGAAUAAGGAAAGAAGUCUGAUCAGGAUGCAAGAACAGGCUGGAUUCAAUGACUCGCACAAUAUUGAUUUGACAUUUUUGGUGUUAUUUACAUUGGGAAACCAAUACGCGGCCAACGAAAUGUAUACCGAAGCUCUAAACACGUAUCAAGCGAUAUCAAAAAAUCGUUAUUUUCAAAAUGGGGCUCGGAUGCGCGUGAACGUAGCUAACAUUUACGAAAAGAUAGGACAACCGGAGAAAGCGAUAAAAAUGUACAGAAUGGCGUUAGACCAGGUGCCGAACACCAACAAAAGUUUCAAACGAGCAAUCACUCACAAUGUGGGUGUUGUGUUUUUGAAAAUGGGCAAAUACGAGGAUGCCUGUUCUAAUUUCGACUAUAUCAUGAACGAGAAACCCACCGUCAAGGCUGGUCUGCAUGCCAUCGUGUGUUACUACAUGCUGGGCAACAAGGAAAAACUUAAACUCUUGUUCAAACAAAUGUUAGAAAUCGUUUUGGAUGUCGAUUUUGAAGACAAGUACGCGGCGCAUUCUGACGACGUCGACGCUGCGUUGUUGGCAGAAGUCAUCAAAUCCGAUUCACUGACCAAGUACGAAAAACAGUUGAAAUUAAAUUUCGAAAAGACCGUAUUAAAAGCGGCCCACCUGAUAUCUUCCGUCAUCGAGGAUACCUUUACAGAGGGUUACACGUGGUGUUUGGACACCAUUAAGUGCUCGAGGUAUUCGUAUCUGGCCGGUCACCUAGAGAUAAACAAAGCCGUGGGGUUCCUAUACCAAAACGACAUUGGAUCGGCCAUAGACACACUAAAAGCAUUUGACAACAAAGACAGCAAAGUGGCUAGUGCGGCGGCCACGAACUUGUCGUUCAUUCACUUUUUGAAAGGCGAUUUAGAGCAAGCUCAGAAGACAUCAUUGGCGGCUCGCGAAACCGAUUCAUAUAACGCGCUGGCGUGUGUUAACCAUGGUAAUUGCUAUUUUGCCAGAGAAGAUUAUUACAGGGCUAAAGAGCUGUACACGUUAGCCUUGGAAAACGAACCAUUGUGCUCGGAGGCCUUGUAUAACUUGGGCUUAGCCAACAAGCAGCUAGGACACCUAGACGACGCUAUCGACUGUUUCCAAAAACUUCACGUGAUCAUUAGCAACCAUCCUGAAGUCAUAUAUCAGAUAGCAUCACUCAACGGAAUGAUAGGCGAUCUGGAGCAGGCCAUCGAGUGGUAUCUGCAACUGCUGAGCAUAGUUCCGGAUGAUGUGGGCGUUUUGCAAAAGCUUGGGGACAUCUACGAAAAUAUGAAUGACAAGCAACAGGCAUACCAUUACUAUUACGAGUCUUAUCGACAUUAUCCUUCUAACCUGGAAGUGUUGGAUUGGUUGGGAGCGUAUUUCGUGGAAAUGCGAGUGCCAGAAAAAGCCGUCGAUUACUUUGAACAGGCAUCUCUUAUGCAGCCCUCUGAACCAAAAUGGCUCAUGUUGAUCGGAUCUUGUUACCGCCGGGCAGGCAACUAUCAAUUAGCCUUCCAGACCUACAAAGACGUGCUUAAUAAAUUUCCUGACAACACCGAAUGUUUAAAAUUGUUGAUCAGAAUAUGUACCGAUUUGGGCCUAAAAGAAGUAUCCGAGUAUAGUGAAAUGUUAAGGAAAGCGGAGAAAACAAAAGACAUAAGAGAUCGUAUAAGUACGGCUCGUACGGGAUACCGGAAGACGAUGGAAAGUAGAGGUGGUACGGGCAUGAACACAUCAAUGACAUCAAACACAAAUCAAAACAUUUUUGUUCCAAAAUCGUCGGCCUCUGGAGAAACUAACAUAUAUGUACACAAUACUCCUAAAGUCGGAGAUACAUCUAAUCGUCCCCGAACAGCCAGAGGUGGAACAGCAAUGAUCGGUUCGUCAAUGCCAUUGACAAGCGCAUACGGUCAAAAUGUUACAGGUGACAUGGAUGUAUACGUCAAUGAAGAAAUAAAAACCAUUAUUGAAACGUACACAGACCCAAUAGGACCUUUGCAGAGACCUCGUACAUCCACUACAAGACCUAUAACUUCUUUAGAAAAAGAAUUUGCAGAUGAACAAGUGCAAGACCUUCUACCAGAAUGACGAUAUUCGAUAACACAUUUUUUUUUUAAUAUGCAUUAUUUAUAUGAAAUUAACGUCAUUUAAGGCACAAGUACAGUAACUAGUGAUAAGUGCUUAUUCCUAAAAGUUAAA